CGCCGCGGCCGCGUCCUCGCUGUCGCCGCCGCCCGAGCGCCCGCCCGCCCGCCGCCGGCGGUGGUGGUGGUGGUGGUGGUGGUGGUGGCGGCGCAGGCUGAGGAGAUGCGGCUCGGAGCGCCCGCGCGGGGCUAGAGCGCCCGCCCCGCCGCCGCCGCCGCCGCCGCGGUCACCUCCUGAGAGCCCGCCUCUUGGAUGACCUGGCCUACGACGCGUGGUCAGCAAGACUGGGAGCUCUCGUGGCCGUGCGCCAGCACUCCCUGCUGCUGUCCGUGUAUGUGUCCGUGGAACUCGGGGGCUCUUUGGAGCUGUUGUUUACGUGGAAGUUGUGAGCCGUUGUGGACCGCUUAAAGGAGUGGACGUUGCUAGCAAUGAGCUCCCAAAGCCAUCCAGAUGGACUUUCUGGCCGAGACCAGCCUGUGGAACUGCUAAACCCUGCCCGCGUGAACCACAUGCCCAGCACGGUGGAUGUGGCCUCCGCGCUGCCUUUGCAGGUCGCGCCCCCGGCGGUGCCCAUGGACCUCCGCCUGGACCACCAGUUCGCGCUGCCCGUGGCGGAGCCCACCCUCCGGGAGCAGCAGCUGCAGCAGGAACUGCUGGCCCUCAAGCAGAAGCAGCAGCUCCAGAGGCAGAUCCUCAUUGCCGAGUUCCAGAGGCAGCACGAGCAGCUCUCCCGGCAGCACGAGGCCCAGCUGCACGAGCACAUCAAACAACAGCAGGAGCUGCUGGCCAUGAAGCACCAGCAGGAGCUUCUGGAGCACCAGCGGAAGCUGGAGAGGCACCGCCAGGAGCAGGAGCUGGAGAAGCAGCACCGGGAGCAGAAGCUGCAGCAGCUCAAGAACAAGGAGAAAGGCAAAGAGAGUGCCGUGGCCAGCACAGAAGUGAAGAUGAAGCUUCAGGAGUUUGUCCUCAAUAAAAAGAAGGCGCUGGCCCACCGGAACCUGAACCACUGCAUCUCCAGUGACCCGCGCUACUGGUACGGGAAAACACAGCACAGCUCCCUCGACCAGAGCUCCCCGCCCCAGAGCGGGGUGUCGGCCUCCUACAACCACCCGGUCCUGGGAAUGUACGACACCAAAGACGAUUUCCCGCUCAGAAAAACAGCCUCUGAACCCAAUUUGAAAUUGCGGUCCAGGCUAAAGCAGAAGGUGGCCGAAAGACGGAGCAGCCCGCUGCUACGCAGAAAAGACGGGCCCGUGGUUACCGCUCUAAAGAAGCGUCCAUUGGAUGUCACAGACUCGGCCUGCAGCAGCGCCCCGGGCUCCGCGCCCAGCUCGCCCAACAACAGCUCCGGGAAUGUCAGCACCGAGAACGGGAUCGCGCCCGCCGUCGCGAGCAUCCCCGCCGAGACCAGCUUGGCCCACAGGCUCGUGACUCGAGAAGGUUCCGUGGCCCCGCUCCCCCUCUACACGUCACCGUCCUUGCCCAACAUCACGCUGGGACUGCCCGCCACUGGCCCUUCCGCUGGGACGGCAGGUCCGCAGGAGGCCGACAGGCUCACUCUCCCCGCCCUCCAGCAGCGGAUCUCCCUCUUUCCCGGCACGCACCUCACCCCCUACCUGAGCACGGCGCCCCUGGAGCGGGACGGUGGGGCUUCACACAACCCGCUGCUACAGCACAUGGUCUUACUGGAGCAGCCGCCUACGCAGACGCCCCUCGUCACAGGCCUGGGCGCGCUGCCCCUGCACGCGCAGGCGCUGGUGGGAGCGGACCGCGUGUCCCCGUCCGUGCACAAGCUGCGGCAGCACCGCCCGCUGGGGCGCACACAGUCGGCCCCGCUGCCCCAGAACGCGCCGGCCCUGCAGCACCUGGUCAUCCAGCAGCAGCACCAGCAGUUUCUGGAGAAGCACAAGCAGCAGUUCCAGCAGCAGCUGCACAUGAGCAAGAUUAUCCCCAAACAGAGCGAGCCGGCCCGGCAGCCCGAGAGCCAUCCCGAGGAGACGGAGGAGGAGCUUCGUGAGCACCAGGCCCUCCUGGAGGAGCCCUACCUGGACCGGCUCUCUGGGCAGAAGGAGGCACACACUCUGGCCGGCGUCCAAGUGAAGCAGGAGCCCAUCGAGAGUGAUGACGAGGAGGCGGAGCCCCCGCGGGAGGUAGAGCCGGGCCAGCGCCAGCCCACCGAGCAGGAGCUGCUCUUCAGACAGCAAGCCCUCCUACUGGAACAGCAGCGUAUCCACCAGCUGAGGAACUACCAGGCGUCCAUGGAGGCGGCCGGCAUCCCCGUGUCCUUUGGCGGCCACCGGCCUCUGUCCCGGGCGCAGUCGUCCCCGGCGUCUGCCACCUUCCCCAUGUCCGUGCAGGAGCCCCCCACCAAACCGAGGUUCACCACAGGCCUCGUGUACGACACGCUGAUGCUGAAACACCAGUGUACCUGUGGGAACACCAACAGCCACCCCGAGCACGCGGGGCGGAUCCAGAGCAUCUGGUCUCGGCUGCAGGAGACGGGCCUCCGGGGCAAAUGCGAGUGCAUCCGCGGACGGAAGGCCACCCUGGAGGAGCUGCAGACGGUGCAUUCGGAGGCGCACGCCCUGCUCUAUGGCACGAACCCCCUCAACAGGCAGAAACUGGACAGUAAGAAACUUCUAGGCUCACUAACCUCGGUGUUUGUCAGGCUGCCCUGCGGUGGUGUCGGGGUGGACAGCGACACCAUAUGGAACGAGGUGCACUCGUCGGGCGCGGCCCGCCUGGCCGUGGGCUGCGUGGUGGAGCUGGUCUUCAAGGUGGCCACGGGGGAGCUGAAGAACGGCUUUGCCGUGGUCCGCCCCCCAGGACACCACGCGGAGGAGAGCACGCCCAUGGGGUUCUGCUACUUUAAUUCCGUGGCCAUCGCAGCCAAGCUUCUCCAGCAACGGCUGGACGUGAGCAAGACCCUCAUCGUGGACUGGGACGUGCACCACGGAAAUGGAACCCAGCAGGCCUUCUACAACGAUCCCAACGUCCUCUAUAUCUCCCUUCACCGCUAUGACGAUGGCAACUUCUUCCCGGGCAGUGGGGCGCCAGACGAGGUGGGCACAGGCCCAGGUGUGGGCUUCAACGUCAACAUGGCUUUCACUGGCGGCCUCGAUCCCCCCAUGGGAGACGCGGAGUAUUUGGCGGCCUUCAGAACCGUGGUCAUGCCCAUCGCCAGCGAGUUCGCCCCGGACGUGGUGCUCGUGUCUUCAGGCUUCGACGCCGUGGAGGGCCACCCCACGCCGCUCGGCGGCUACAACCUCUCCGCCAGAUGUUUCGGGUACCUGACGAAGCAGCUGAUGGGCUUGGCUGGCGGCCGGAUUGUUCUGGCCCUGGAGGGGGGCCACGACCUCACGGCCAUCUGCGACGCCUCGGAAGCAUGUGUUUCUGCUUUGCUGGGCAACGAGCUUGAUCCUCUCCCGGAAAAGGUUCUGCAGCAGAGACCCAAUGCUAAUGCUGUCCGGUCCAUGGAGAAAGUCAUAGAAAUCCACAGCCAGUACUGGCGCUCCCUGCCGCGCCUCUGCUCCACGGUGGGACACUCUCUGGUAGAGGCCCAGAAGUGCGAGAACGAGGAAGCCGAGACCGUCACCGCCAUGGCCUCGCUGUCCGUGGGCGUGAAGCCCGCGGAGAAGAGACCGGACGAGGAGCCCAUGGAAGAGGAGCUGCCCCUGUAGCCUCCCCCGGAGCUGCGGUUCUCUUGUCUGUUUGUCCCUGUCUUGAAGCUCCGCCAAGAACAGCUCCUGUUUCUCUGCGGCCUGCCCGCGAUCUCUGGCCAGGGCUUGAGCGGCAGCGGGGAGCCCUCCCUGCCCGGCCCCCGGGCCCCCCCCGGGCGGGCAGCAUUGCGCGGAACCGGGACAGACGCCGGCCGCGCAGACACACGGACACACACGCGGCCAGGCUCUCGGCUCCCGGAGGGAAGCCGCGGAGGAGGGAGGCCCGUGCGGCUCGCGGCACAGCCGCCCACUUCGACGCCACGAGGGAAGGAAAACGGAAAUCAAAGAUCUGAUAACACAAAACGGACUCGAUUAAAACUGGUGCUUACAGUUGAUUAUCACCCACAAUUCCACAGUCUCCGUGUAAACCACUCAACUCAUCCCGUAGCUUCUUUUUUUCUUUAACGAGAACGUUCUCUAGGCCCCGGCCGCCUCCGUGGCCCGCAGCGGCGGGGUCUGCGGCCGGGCGGGGGGGCGGAGUGGACACGCGCAGGAACGUGAGCCUGCGGGACCCGGCUUUGCUCUCUCAAAGCCAUCGGAAGAUGCGAGUUUGUGCCUUUUUUUUAUUGCUCUGAUGGAUUUUUUGUGGCUGGGUUUUCUGAAGUCUGAGGAACAAUGCCUUAAGAAAAAAUAAACAGCAGGAAUCGGUGGGACAGUUUCGGGCCUGGCGGGGGAGGGGGGGUGGCCCACGCGCCCCGAGGCCGCUGCGUGCUGGCCAGGGUGGGGGGGGCGCUGCUGGGGGGGGGGGCUGCCGUCCCGUGGCUCCUGUUUUGCUUUAGUGCUGUUUAAGAGACGUGCAGGUAGUUCCAGCAAAGUGGCAAAUACUGUUGGGGGUUUUGAAGUCCGACAAAUUUUAAAUGAAUCCAAAGUGUUCUUUUCUCGUACGUCAUUUAACAAUUGAGCAUCUCCAUUUGGUCGUGAAGCAUGUCCUAGGCUCACUUCCAGUGUUACGAUCAGAAUGCUUUUCAUUAAAAGCAAGUAGCAUGAAGUAUUGCUUAAGUUUUAGGUAUAAAUAAAUAUAUAUAUGUAUAAUAUAUAUUCCAAUGUAUUCCAAGCUAAGAAACUUGAUUCUUAUGAAAUCUUGAUAAAAUAUUUAUAAUGCAUUUAUAGAAAAAGUAUAUAUAUAUAAUAAAUGCAGGUCGUAAAGGUCCCUGGCGAAUGAAUGACGUGUGGACUAGACAUCAAGGUGCUUACGGAAAGGGAUCUAGUUUGAAACUCAACGUAUUUUUGAAUUCCAGAUUGGAUAGCUUCCAGAUCGCCAACGAGUCCGCCACUGGACGGCUGCCUUCGGGUGUGAGCUGUCCUUCCCGCUCUUUCCGGACGGGACCCUCCUGGUCCGAGCCUCCUCGCACAUAUUUACCUAAUGAGUUUUUAUAGCAAAGGAUAGACAUUUGCUGUUGAUUUUUGUAUGAAUUUUCCACAAGGAGAUCCUGAAUAAGCAUUGUUUUGUGAAUUUUACAUUUUGUUCUCACCAUUUAGCAGUUUCCUGAAUGGUAAUAAUGUCUAAACCUUUUUUCUUUCUAAAUUCCUGCUUGUACAUUUUUUUUUUUAACUUUUAAAGGUUUUUUUUUUUAUUAUUAUUAUUUUCAUUGUUGUUUAUUUUCGUACAGCGAGCAGUUUGCUGCGGUGCACGGAACUGCCCUCGGUUUGUUUUCAGAAAGUGAGCUCGAGGUGGGGGGUGGUUGGCGUGCAGGCUCCUGGCGGUGACUGGCUGUCCCAGCCCCGCCCCCCACGGCUGCGCCCAUUAGCGAGGGGCUUUUCUUCCCUCCACACCGGUAGUGUUACAGGGGGUGCUGUGUUUUCCCCUCGGCAGCCGCGCGGGGAGGAUCGCAGGGUCACUUGCCAGACGCCUCGGGCCGUCAGCACUCAUGAAACUCCUGUUUCAACUUGCCUGGCCACGUUGUCAGGAUAGGAUUUUAAAUUCAGUUUUCCAAAGACCUUUUAAAGCAUGUCAGCAAAAUGCAUGGGGCCGGAGUGAGGCCCACACCUGUUCUGGGUUUUUCCGCCGCGGCCACACGGCCGGGGGCCGGCCGACAGCAGCAGGCCCCGGAUUUUGGAGCCUGUGGCUGCGGGAGCCCAGGGGCCCCCCGCCGCCUGGCGAGCCUGCAGGGACAGCACAGAUUCCUGACCAGGGCAGCCAGUCUUUGCUCUUUUUGUCUCGGACAGUAACUGACCGUCACUUUUUACUGGUAACUUAUUUUUCAGCACUUGAAGACACCAGUUUCAUUCCAAAGCAUGUAGUGAGUUCAGAGCCGCGGGGAGAGUUCGGGCACGGCGCUCCCGUCAGGAGGGAGCCCCAAGCCACGCUUCGGAGUCUGGUCGCAUUCACAGGGUAGCUUCUGAGACACUGAUGGCAGGCGGACUCCUGACCGAGCGAAUCCAGAUUCUUAGGUUGGCUCGGUCACGGGGACGUUGGUGGUCAGGUCCAGGACAGCGGCCUGAGAGUAGGAGAGAAAGGUCUUGGGGCAGGUGUGACUGCGCCCCCUCCCGCCGCCCCCUCCUUGCUGCGGGGCCCAGCCCACCUUGGCGGGAGGAGCCGGUGCGCGGGAGCCAGCUGGGCCAUCCGGGCCGGUGCGGAGCGGCCCGUGGCCAACGGGGGCCCUGCUCCGCGCGACCCGCGGGCCCCCCCCGCCCCCCCGCCCCGCCGCCGGCCGGCCCCGGCUCUCGGAGAGGAAGAGGUCAUCUCACGCUUUUUACAGUGACUGGGUCAGGGAGCCGUCCGAGGGGGGCUCGCUCCCCGUCUCCUGCGGGGAGACCCCUCGGCAGAGAGGCCUGGGGGGCGCGGCUGCUGUGUCCACGCGCCCCAGCCCCACAGAUGUGCUUAAAGCAUUACCGUGUAGCCUUUUCUUUUCUUUGAAGACACACUCGGCCCUUCCCCGCCGCCAGCCGCCGGGGUCUGCAGGACCCCCGCGCCGAGGGGGGUGGGGGGGCGCCUCCCAUCUCCCCUCUCCGGUCCUUGCGCCUAAUUUAGCCUUUUUCUUCCUUUGCAAAGGCCUCGGGGGCACCGGCCGGGGGUCAGCGAGCGAGCACUUUAGGUCCCCCCGCGGGACUCCCCACGAUGCUGCCGGGGACGCGUGGCGCCCGCCCUUUCGGCUCCCGCCGCGCCCCGGCGUGCCCGAGCCCCACCAGCAGGCGGCCGCCCGGCUCCGGAGGGCCGCUUUGUCAGAGUGUUUCGGUUUUUCUCCACUUACUUUCGAACAUCUGUUUCCAGAGGAAGGACCGCCGGGUGCUGCUCCGCACGGAAGCCAGGGCGGCAGAGUUUGUCGGUUUUAAUUUUCGAUCAGAACAUUCCUCCUUCGCUGGUCACAGCCACGUGCUCAUUCCAUUCUUUUUGUAGACUUUCGGGCCCACGUGUUUUAUGGGCAUUGAUACAUAUAUAAAUAUAUAUAUAAACAUAUAUGAAUCUAUUUUUUUAAGUUCCUACACCUGGAGGUUGCAUGGACUAUGUGGCCGGCAUGUCUCUAUCGUACACAGAUUUUGCACGCCAGACUCGGCAGCUUUGGGGAAGAGGAAAAAUGCCUUUUUGUUCCCCUCUCACGACAUUUGCAGAUGCGACAGAUGGGAGUUUUUCUGUAAAACAAAACCUUGAAGGAGAGUCGGUGGGGAGGGGGGGGGAACGUUUGCGUCUUACUGAACCUAUUCUUAAGAAAUUGUACUUUUUAUUGUAAGAAAAAGAAAAAAGGACUACUUAAACAUUUGUCAUAUUAAGAAACAAAGUUUAUCUAGCACUUGUGACAUACCAAUAAUAGAGUUUAUUGUAUUUAUGUGGAAACAGUUGUUUUAGGGAAACUACACAGAAUUCGAGGUGAACUGCCCGUCUCUCUUCCGUUGACUUGGAGGCGUUUGCCUCGCUCUGUUUUGUUUGUUCCUUGGAUCUUGCACAGGGCCAGGCGCGCGCGCUGCCCUCCGGCCGGCCCGGUGGCCGCCGACGGUGACGGUGCACAGCCCCGGAGAGCCCCUUUCCGCACAGCUGCGGUGACUUUCUAGUUACUUGUAGACCACGCGUGGCCAAGAUGUCACUUUAAGCCGAGAGUCGUGACCUGUGUGAGCGCCGCGGGUUCAGACCCUCCUUUGCAUGGAGAGGAGACCCUUUCUUCCUCGCCACGACGCGGAGCUCGUCCCCGGCCCGGCUCGCCUCGUCCGACGUGACGACAAGUCUGCGCCCGGAGGAACGAGCAGGCGGACACUUUUGUUUGCUCGGGUUUUCGGUGUGUGUGCCCCGCAGGGGAGGCGCUCUUUCCCAGAGGAUGAGAAUGACCCGUAUUAUAAUGUAUACAAGGGGGGCUGACCCCGUUUACCCAAGAGCUUGCACAGAGCUGCGGCGCCGCCGCGGCCCGCGUGUGGCCCGUCGGCGCGCUCCGGGCCGGGUCCUCGCCGCGGCAGCCUCCCGUUUUCUUCUGUGACGUAAUCCGUUCCCUCCGAUCGUCUGGGCCUGCCAGCGGUCCUUUCUUUCUUUUUGCUCCGUGCAGUUGGAGAUUCUGUUCCCGGUUUUCUCAUCCGCGUUCUGUUCCGUGUGGGCGGGUUUUCCCCGACGGCCGUGUCCCCUCCUCUGACUGCCGACUCCACUUCACCCGGAGUCCAGUGUUUGUACCUCAUCAGACAGCUUGUUGCUCUCGUGGUGUAAAUAAAACAGCAUCUCUGGUU